GCAGAGUUUAACAUCUUCUUCCAUUAAGCAGAAAAGCAACAACCGAAAACCGAACACUUUGAUCAAACCCAAGUCAGUUUCAGUACUCUUUCUCCUGUGUUUCUAAUCCUAUACAAACCCACCCACCCAGAUUCCGAUUCUUCUUCAUCAACGAUAGAUGGCUGCCAAUGGAAUCCACUUCACCAGAGUUGGUGACGUGUUGUUGCCAGUGGGAUUCCGAUUCCGCCCCGCAGAAGAAGAGCUGAUCCGCUAUUACUUGCAGAUGAAGCUCGAGGGAAUGGAUUACGUUUUCAGCCACGUCAUCUGUGAAAUCAAUAUCUGCGACCACGAGCCAAGGGACUUGCCUGGGCUUUCACUCGUAAAGUCGGAUGAUCAAGAAUGGUACUUGUUCAGCACUUACAAAAAAAACAGCAAAAACCAGAUCGUAAGGGCGACGAAGGAAGGCUUCUGGAAGGUCACUGGUGAGCGAAAACAGGUCAAGACUGAAGACAAAAGAACUGUCAUCGCUGAAAAAAGGAUUCUAACUUUUAAGCAAGGUCGUGUUCGGAAUCCCCAAAAGACCGACUGGGUUAUGCAUGAGUAUUACAUCCCCAAACCAAUCCUAAUGAUAAUCAGUGAGUUCCCAGGAAACAGACCCAGCCAUACAGCAAGCGGUCCCACACGUAGGACUCCUUAGCUUCCCACCAAACGCCACGACAACAAAAAUUCCA